AGAGAGAGGGUGGGAGUCUUCCAAUCACGGAAAACCAGUUGUGCGCUGUUUGUUUGUGUUAAGAGUUCAAAAUUCUUCUUUGGAUCUUCGCCAUUUGGGAAUUCCUCACGACGAUCGUGUGAUAUUUUCCGUCGCUAAACACGACACGUCUUCCGCCGGCGAAGAUUUCUACGAUCUGCAAGAACCUUUCAUCAUUGCAAAUUGAUUUGGUGAUUGAAGUAAUUAAAGGAAUCAAGCCUGUUUGAUAAGCCUUUUUCAAGCUUCUAAUAUACUUGUUUCAAUGAGCUUUGCACAUAUAUGUGAAACAUAGGGAGGAAACCUCUUAUGAAGCAUCAAUUUGCAUAUAUUUAAUUCUGCAAAUAUGGUGCUCAACAAAAUUGCAGAAACUGUUUCUGCUUUUGUGCCUCGUUUCUCAACCCCAAAGACCACAACCACUCCUUAUGUAUCAUCAGGUUUGCCGCCAUUGCCAGGUUCAAUUCAUGGUUAUAACAUUCCCAGUGUAGGACAGAAGAAUAUGUUGCGACUCUCCACAUCACUUCAAGAUUUUUCUGUAUAUCGCAAGCAUGAUGUAGAACAUGGUGAUCUCAAUCCUGAAAUGGAGAGAAUUUUGGCUAAUUCACAUCAGGGUACCUUUUUCCUUAGAGAGAUUGAUGGAUCAAUUUUUUCCAAGGAGAGGGGAUCUCCAAAACAGCCUUCUGGAUGGAAGAAAUGGUUGAUAGUUCUACUGGUUCUCUUUUUGCUGGUGAUUGCUUCUGUUUUGUGUAUUUCAUUGUCUUAUUACUUUAAGUUAUCUGAAGGUGCAACCAGGUUUUAUGUUGUGCUUGAUUGUGGUAGCACUGGGACUCGUGUUUAUGUAUAUCAAGCAUCCAUUAACCACAAUACAGAUAGCAGUCUACCGGUUUUAUUGAGAUCAAUGCCAGAAGGUUUUCAGAGAAAAUCAAAAUCUCAAAGUGGAAGGGCUUAUAACCGAAUGGAAACAGAACCUGGUCUUGACAAGUUGGUGCACAACGUGUCUGGCUUGAGAGGGGCAAUCGGGCCGCUAAUUCACUGGGCAGAGAAUCAAAUCCCUAGGCAUGCCCAUAAGGCUACCUCCCUUUUUCUUUAUGCUACAGCUGGGGUUCGCAGGCUACCAAGUUCGGACUCCAAAUGGCUGCUUGACAAUGCUUGGUCUCUUUUAAGAGGAUCACCUUUCUUGUGCAAGAGAGAGUGGGUGAAAAUCAUUAGCGGAGAAGAUGAAGCUUAUUUUGGAUGGAUAGCUUUAAAUUAUGACGCUGGUGUAUUGGGGACUAGACCUAAAAAGGAAACAUUUGGUGCACUUGACUUGGGUGGCUCAUCACUGCAAGUUACUUUUGAGAGUAAAGAAAGUUUCAAUGAUGCAACUGGGUUAAAGCUGAGCAUUAGCCCUGUCAACCAUCAGCUCACUGGCUAUUCCUUGCCAGGAUAUGGCCUAAAUGAUGCCUUUGACAAGUCUGUAGCUUACCUUUUCAAAAAGCUUUCUAAGGUUAAUGAUGCUGAUUUGGCUAGUGGAAAUGUUGAGAUCAAGCAUCCCUGUUUGCAGUUUGGUUACAAGGAGCAAUAUGUAUGUUUUAAUUGUGUUCCACAAUCUCCAAUAAGUGAGAAUCCUCCCAGUGUAAGAGGAGAAUUUAGUAAAGGAGGAAAGCACGGCAUUCCCAUUCAGCUCGUUGGAACUCCAGAAUGGGAUGAAUGCAGUUCACUUGCAAAAAUUGUUGUCAAUUCAUCUGGAUGGUUGAACCAAAAACCAAGAGUUGAUUGUGAAGUGCAGCCAUGUAGUCUUGAAGGAAGUCAUCCCCAUCCUACUGGACAAUUCUAUGCUAUGUCUGGUUUCUAUGUUGUGUAUCGAUUUUUUAACUUGGCUUCUGAUGCCAACCUAGAUGUUGUGUUACAGAAGGGUCAAGAAUUUUGCAAGAAGUCUUGGGAUGUUGCAAAGAGAAGUGUUGCGCCCCAACCUUUUAUAGAACAAUACUGCUUCAGGGCACCAUAUAUUGCAUAUCUAUUGAGAGAGGGGUUGCAUAUUAGUGAUAGUAAUGUAAUUAUUGAUUCUGGAAGAACCACUUGGACACUUGGAGUUGCUCUCUUGGAAGCUGGAAAGGCAGUUUCAACUCAGAUUGAAUUUCAGGAUUACCAGAUAUUCCAGAUGAAGAUUAAAGCAGUUCUUCCAUUGAUUGCUUUACUUGCUUCUUUGUUUCUUCUUCUUUGUGCAUUAUUAUGCAUUGGUAACUGGAUCCCUAAGUUCUUCCGGAAGACGUAUCUUCCCCUUUUCAGGCAUAAUAAUUCCUCAACCACCUCUAUUAUGCAAAAUCCUUUCAAGUUCCAGCAUUGGAGUCCAAUCAGUACAGGGGAUGGAAGCGAGAAAGUGCCACUCAGUCCAACAACCGCGGCUACCCAACGAAGAGCAUUUGACACUGGAUAUGGUUUUGGGGGCCAUGGUGUGCAGCUCAGCGAAUCUUCCCUGUACCUGUCAUCUAGCGGUGUAACACAUAGUUAUUCAUCUGGCAAUUUGGAGCAAAUGCAAUUUGAUAGAAAUACAAUGGGUUCCUUCCGACCCCCACAUAGAAGCCAACAACGACUUCAAAGCAGGAGAUCACAAUCUCGAGAGGACCUUCACAGCUCAUUGGCCGAGGCAAAUGCGGUAAAGGUCUAACACCCAUCACUAUCUGUCUUUUUGGCUUAAAACAAAAUGCAGUUCAAAAUUUUGGUUAACCAUUGCCCCGAAGAUAUAUUUGCGCUCCAUGUUGCAUUCUCUUGGAUGUUACAUGGGAAUUACUCUAAUUCCAUACAUAUCGAGAAAUUAUAGAGUCGCUCUCCUCAAGGAGGGAGAAAGCAUAGCCAGCUAACUUAGCAUAGAAUACUCAAUUGCUUUGGUGGCCGUGCCAAAUAGUGGGAAUGUGAAAAGGAUUUGAACUAUGUGAAUAGUUUGUAUAGCAGAUGUUACUGUGAGUCUCUGACUUAUUACUUGAGGUUAGUUGUAUCACAGAAGUAGGUGGGAGACACGACACUUGGGGAGUUGGGGUCCCAUGGGCGGUUUGCAAAGGGAAUGUGGGGGUGACUUUGUAGAUGUUGUUUCAUCAUCAAUGAAUAUAGAUCAAAAUUUUUGGCUACUCACUGCAUUCUUAUUGCCCGUUAAAUUGUUAUAGAUGACGAUAGUUCCUUGAUACAUUAAGCUUUAUUUUUGUUUUCACCAAUGCAUAUCUGUUUGGUCUAUU